AUGGGCGCGGUGAAGAACAUUCUAGAGCCUGCGGCGAUUGUCGCCGCCUUCACCGCAGGAGCACUCAUCAAUCGGCGCAAGAACGCUAAGCUCCUCGCUACGCCGGAUAUCGAGUCACCACUGCUGGAAGCUCCUCCAGUGGACAUAAAGCCAAACGAUGAGGACUCUGAUGAGCGCACAAUUCGAAACCGCCGAACCAUACAAUCACGGAUCCUUGCCAAAUUCCCCUUCUUGUUGGAAAUAUGGUAUUGGCUACUCACAUAUUGGAUCUAUCAAGGUUUACGGGCGUUUUCCGCUAGGAUGAUCAGUGGCCAUGAGGCUAUUUUCGACACCGCUGAGCGCCAUGCCCUUUCCAUCCUCUCGUUCGAGCACUUCCUUCACCUCGAUGUCGAGCUAUCCGUACAAAGGUAUGUGCUUGAGCAGAAGCCAUGGCUCAUGGGGUUCCUGGCUCGAGUAUACUAUUCACAUAUUGUCCUCGGUGUGAUAUUCAUCGUCUACUGCUAUACCUGCAUCCAACGAGACAAGUAUCAAGCAAUCAGGCGUACACUGGCGUUCGAGAACGUCAUCGCCUUCACCAUCCUUACCUUGUGGAGGUGCAUGCCACCUCGCCUGCUGCCAGAAGAGUACGGCUUCAUCGAUGUUCUGCACAGCAAUGCAGGCGGCUCAGCCUGGACGCAGAACAAAUUCCAGCUCACAAUUGCAGCGAUGCCCUCGCUCCACUUUGGAAACUCGAUGUUCAUUGCACUCUGCUUGCUUAAGUUCAGUCCGCAUUGGUACCUUCGAGCUGUGGCGCCCAUCUGGCCCAUGCUCAUGGGACUUACUAUCGUUGCUACAGCCAAUCACUUCAUUCUAGAUGCUGUCGUCGGUGCAUGUGUGACGCUCACGGCAUUUAGAUUUAACGCCGUCAUGUUAUAUCUUCUUCCUGUGGAAAGAGCACUCUUCAGGUUGUUGCGUAUAGAGAAACCCUAG